UCCAUUCUAGUCUUUUCAGUUCCUUGCUUCCUCUGUACUCCUAACCUCUUCAAUCCUUUCCCUCCUUUUUGCACUACAUCACCGUCGGUUUAAUUUGUUCUAAUGCUUCGGGCAUCAAGCUCUCGCCAUAUCCAUGUUGCAUACUUCCUGAAGCGGUAGCUGGCCAGGAGUUCAUCGUUGGAGUUCUUCCGUGCCUAGGAGCUAGAGAUUUGCGAUGCCGCUAGUGAACGGUGGUGCCGCCGGACCAACCGCUGGCAGUGAUGUUGCGGCAGCCACCGCUUCAACGAAGCGCAACAAGCCUCAGUAUCAUGCAUUUACUCAGCAACAACUUCCAGCAUGCAAGCCUAUACUGUCACCCCAUAUGGUCAUUCCUGUGCUUGCAUUUGUGGGCUUAGUUUUCAUUCCGAUUGGCCUUGCUUGCAUCGCAGCUUCAAACAAGGUCGUUGAAGUAGUUUACCGAUAUGACACGAAAUGUGUACCAGGGAAAAUGCUUCACAACAAAGUCGCCUACAUCCAAAAUGCGUCAAUAGAUAAGACCUGCGCAAUUAUUCUCAAGGUCCCCAGGGAUAUGAAGAGGCCAAUCUUCAUAUAUUACCAACUUGACAAGUUCUACCAAAACCACAGAAGGUACACUACGAGCCGCAGCGACAUGCAGCUGAGAGACCCCAAGCAGGCAGCUGCCAAUAUAGAGUUGUGCAAGCCCGAAGCGUAUGCCGCCAAUGGCAGCCCCAUCAUCCCCUGCGGGCUCGUGGCGUGGAGCCGCUUCAACGACACAUACAGCUUCGCACGUCGCCGCCGUCGCGGCGGCCACGCCGAGGCGUUGACGGUGAUCAAGAGCGGGAUCUCAUGGCGGAGCGACAGGGGCCACCUGUUCGGCAACCACGUCUUCCCCAAGAACUUUCAGAACGGCAGCCUCGUCGGCGGCGGGCAGCUCGAUCCGACAAAACCCCUGAGCGAGCAGGAGGACCUGAUGGUGUGGAUGCGCACGGCGGCGUUGCCGAGGUUCAGGAAGCUGUACGGGAGGGUGGAGGCGGACCUGGGCGCCGGCGAGCUCCUCGCCGUGGCGGUGCAGAACAACUACAACUCUUACAGCUUCGCCGGGACGAAGGCGGUUGUGCUUUCCACCGCGGGGCUGCUCGGAGGGCGGAACGCCUUCCUCGGCCGCGCCUACGUCGUCACCGGCGUGGCAUGCUUCGCGCUCGCGCUGCUCUGCCUCGUCUUCCCCAUGAGGGAGGAGCAUCUUCUGCUACGCGGUAGCCACCUGGGCCGUUGAUCGGUUAUUACUCAGGUUGUUCUUCAUUUUUCACCAAUUUGUGGAGGAUUGGUGAAUCUAGUUAUGGCAGAUAAGCUUGUGAGUUAGUUAGAUGUAAAGUACGGUGCACGGAUCUGAAGGUAAAACCCAGAGUGUGCCAUGUACAUUGUGAGAGAAUGCGCCUUAGCAGACCAGUUUAUUUAGAAAAAAGACAUUAAAUAUAGGUGAUACAAUGUAUUAUCUCU